AUUUUAUUUUUGCCAAGUGUUAUUUGUUAUCUUGUAAUUAGGUGGAGACCAAUAUGGAUAUCAGAACAGAGAUGAAGUUUGCUUUGUUAUUACUGCUGUGGCUGGUCGAUCAUUCGCUAUUGCAAAAUGCUUGUGACUUCUAUACAGAUGUUGCAGCUGGAAGCUCGCAGGUGUUCUCAAAUCCAAACUACCCCGGACCUUAUCCAAAAGGUAGUCAAUGCAGAUGGACAGCCAGAUGUCCCCCAGGGUACAACUGUCGGAUAAAUUGCCCUCAAAUACAAAUACCCCAAUCGCCUGGAUGUUCCAUGGAUCGUUUCCUGGUGUCCCGAUCAGGAGACCCUCAGUUGAUUGCUGCAGAAACUUACUGUGGGCCAGGCUCCGUCUACCUCACGUCAAUUGGUCAAAUACUCACAGUGGGUUUGAUAUCAAGUGCAAACAGUUCAGGAGGUACCUUCCGUUGUCAAAUUACGGCGGUGCCAAGUGAAACACCUGCACCCACACCGCAGUGCACCUGUGGAGUUAGGAACCGGAACCGCAUCGUAGGAGGUCAAGAAACUGGCAUCAACGAGUUCCCGAUGAUGGCGGCUCUAGUAGAUUUGCAGAUUCGUACGAUUAAGUGUGGAGGAGCCAUUAUAACUUCACGGCAUGUGCUGACGGCUGCCCACUGCUUGUACAGGCAGAAUCCUGCCAACUAUGCCAUAGUUGUAGGCGAGCAUAAUAUUGACAUAGGAGACUCCCCAGCUACAAAAGCAUAUGCAAUUGCGGGAGCCGUGAUCCACCCGCUGUAUACACCCGUCGUAUACGAUUAUGACUGUGCCAUAGUGAGAACUGUCCAGACGAUAGAGUUUAGCCAGUUGGUCAUGCCAGUAUGCUUGCCAUUCAAGUUCAGUAAUAAUGACUUCGCUGGAGCCAGGGUCACUGCCAUUGGUUGGGGUACACUUUUCAUCGGCGGACCUAAGCCCAAGGCUCUGAUGAAGGUAGACUUGGACGUCAUAAGCCAAGCCACUUGCAGGCAGACAUUCAGUAGACUCACUGACCGGCAGAUGUGCACCUUUACUCCUGGAAAGGAUGCUUGUCAGGAUGACUCUGGCGGCCCCCUCCUCUACACAGACCCUGCGACUGGUCUUCUCUACAACGUCGGUAUGGUCAGCUUCGGCAACUUCUGCGCUUCUGAUAACCCAGGAGUGAACACCAGGGUCACUUCGCUCCUAGAUUGGAUUGUGGCUAACACACAGCCUAUUUCGCAAUACUGUGUUAAAUGAUUUAAUUCUGAAUUUACUUUCUCUUUGGAGUGCGAGUCUGAUGGUUGCGUUUUCGUUUUUUUCUUUACCUUCUGUUCCAUUGUUGUUCCAUUUUUAAAGUUUUGACAUUACGUAGAAAACAAUUUGAUGUAAUUGAUGUCGCAGGCACAUUGUACAUUCCGCUGUACUACACUACGUCUAGCUGUUAUCAAACAGGCUCAUUUUGAAAUAAGGCGGUUUAACUGUUAGUCUGAUUGUCAUUGCAAAGCGCUCUCCAAUACGGCACUUCUCGUUGUAGCCGCAAUGUAAAUGUACAUCUACUUA